CUUGCCUGGCCCCAUCAAGAUGCCUCAGCCAGCGCAUUAGGGCCAAAGAGACACAUUCGCGUGGGCUCCGUAUCGUGGCCCUUCGCAUCUCGCCGUUGUGGCGAACCGGGCCAAGCAAGAUCAGCCGCGCGCCCAGAGAUUUCAAUGGCCAUGCGCUCCAGUGCCAGAAGAUCAAUGGCCGGUUUGCUAUCAUGCCAAGAUGGGGUUUGAGCCACGCGAAAGUGCUUCGCUGCCAAACUAAACCCUUCUCUGCAGGUACCAAGCGCCUUGUGAGACACUGAAAACCAUGCCUGUGGCCUUCGCUGCACUUCUUCUGCACUUCUCGCAGGGAAUUGAAUUGUAUUGACGCCCUCAUCAUGGCCCCAAGCAACGUUCGCAGCGCGCUCACGCUGGCCGCGUUGGCCUCAGCCCUUGUGGUCUCCGCAGAAGAUGUGCUGUACAGCAAGCGCCUUUCGAAGCGAUAUAUUGAUGCGGACGGCAACUGGAAUCAGUCGUUCUUCCACAUCAACGAUGUGCACGCCCACCUUGACGAAUUCCGAAGCUCAGGAACAGAUUGCACAGAUCCUACUCGUGGGUGCUUUGGUGGCUAUGCUAGAGUAUCGACAGUGGUCAACGAGCGACGUCCAGUUCUGAACAGCAGCUUGUUCCUGAAUGCCGGAGACGAAUUUCAAGGAACCCUGUUCUACUCAUACUACGGUGGCGAGAAGAUCGCCGAGACAAUCAACCAGCUGGGAUUCGAUGGAAUGACGCUUGGGAAUCACGAGUUCGAUGGCGGUGAUGACAUGUUGGGAGAGUUCUUGGAGAACUUGACUUUCCCAAUCAUUUCUGCGAACAUUCAAUCUGGUCACCCCGUACUCAACAGGACUAUCAAGCCAUUUCAUAUAUACGAGCAGUACCAGCUUGCAGUGAUUGGAGUUACAACUGAGACUACACCGGACAUUUCUAGCCCGGGCGAGAACACCACGUUCUUAGACCCUAUCGAAGCGGUUCAGAAUACUAUCAACUUGAUCCGCGAAACUACAAACGUCACAAGAAUUGCAGCUUUGACACACAUUGGCUACGAUAAUGAUCAAGCUUUGGCGCAGAAUACCACUGGCCUUCACCUGAUUAUGGGAGGCCACUCACAUACCCCACUUGGCACGGGUGAGGGCGAGGAGGGUCCUUACCCAACUAUUGUUCAGAAUCUCGAUGAUGAGGAGGUCUUCGUUGUUACCGCUUAUCGCUGGGGAGAAUACCUGGGCUACAUCGAUGUCACUUACGAUGCUGAGGGAAAGAUAUUGGCAUAUCACGGUGGUCCCAUCCACCUCACUAACUCCACUGCUCAAAACGAGACGCUCCAAGCUCAGAUUGAGGAGUGGCGAGGUCCCUUCGAAGCAUUUGCUGCCGAAGUCAUCGGUCAAUCUGACGUUGUCCUCGAGCAAGAAAACUGCCAGCAGGAGGAAUGUCUGCUCGGCAACUUCAUGGCCGAUGCCAUGCUUUCUUAUCGACAGAACGAGAGUGACACCGUUGACUUUGCACUCAUCAAUGCAGGCGGCAUUCGAGCUACUAUCGACCAAGGCGACAUCACAAGGGGCGAAGUGCUCACCAGCUUCCCGUUCGGUAACUCGCUCGUGGAAAUCACCAUGUCUGGCGACGACCUCUGGAGGGUACUCGAAGGAAUCGUUUCUGGCGUCAGCGAAUUCAACGAUGAAGAAGUCACCAGUUUUGUGCAAGUCAGUCGUGGGAUCCAGAUUGAAUACAAUCCGGAGAACAACAAUGGCAGCAGGCUCGUCGCAGUGAAUAUCGGCAACUCCAGUCUGGACCGCGCGGAGACGUACAAAGUCGUUACUCUCGAUUUCCUCGCAGGCGGCGGUGACAACUUCUUUGGAACGUUGGAAUUUCCGAACAUUGUCACGCUGGAAACGCAAGACGAGAUCCUUGUUCGAUACAUUCGAUCUCAAUCUCCUGUCAAUAUCCAAACAGAAGGUAGAAUUGCUAUCGUGAAUGGCACUGCACCAAGCGAUGGUGGAUCUGGAGGAAAUGGAACCGGUUCUGAAGGUGGAUCGGAUUCUCCUGCUAGUGCAGCCAGUUCUUACGCGUCUGGAGCCCUUCCUGCCAUGAUUCUCGCGGGCUUGUUGGCAUUCGGUAUUGCGUUGUGAGUGUCUGGAUGACAAAAAUGCAAGCAACAUUGUACGAUUUUACGUCUCACGAGGAAGCCCAUAUUGGUAAUAUGCAGUCGG